GUUCAUGUUAACAUAUUUUGCCAUGGCAUUUUACUAUUUUGUUUAUUACUUUGUGUAAUUUUGCCUGAAUUCAUGAUCUCAUUGUGUUAUAUUCUCAAUUAUUAACUCACUAUGACGUCUCAAGCCUUAGCUUCUCUCACAGCGACGUAUACCGAUUCGGAAGGCGAGGAAGACAUCGAGGAGCAGACCCCCGAGAAGGAUGAGGCCAGAACCCACUCCGCGCCGCCGAGCCCGCGGCGUGCUGCGGACGGGGACGGCACCGGCUCGGCGCCCAUCAGCCCCAAGAAGCAGCUAGUGUCUUACGUGGACGAGACGAUGGUGUCGGACGAGGAGGCGCUGUCGCCCGCGCCCGGCAGCCAGGACGACAUGCGGCGGCUCUCCAUGGAGACGGACACGGACGAGGCGGUGCCGCGCUCCGACCCCGACGACUCGCAGGACGGCGCCAGCAUCCCGCCCGAGCCGCCGGGCAAGUGCCCCAAGGAGCUCCAGGAGACAAUCGCCAAGUUCUACAACCGCAUGCUCACAGAGGGCCUCGACAUGAACCGGAUCAUUCAGGAUAAGAAAAACUUUAGGAAUCCUAGCAUUUAUGAGAAACUCAUUCAGUUCUGUGAUAUCAAUGAGCUGGACACGAACUAUCCUCCCGAAAUCUAUGAUCCUUUAAAAUGGGGUAAAGAAUCUUACUAUGAUGAGUUAGCCCGAGUUCAAAAGCUAGAAAUGGACAGGAGGGAAAAGGAAAAGAAAGAAAAGCUAUCUAAAAUUGAUUUUAUAUCUGGAGUGGCCAAACCUGAGAGUGAUGAUGAAAAGAAGCGGAAAUCAAAGUGGGACCAAGCGGCGCCCAACGUUGGAUCCAAGCCCACCAUAAAGCAGCCGGGCCUCCUGCAGCAGCCCCUCACCAGCAACGUCACCGGUACCAAGGGCACUGUUAUAUCUGCCUUUGGAUCUUUGCCUAAGAAACCUAAAAUCUGAUUUUACAUCUAACAACUUAUUUCCAACUUGAACAGUGUGAAUAAAGUGAGUUUUUUAUGGAAUUUAAGCUCUAAAUGUAAAUGCCUGUGCACUACUGUGUUCAUAUUAUUAUAAUUCUGUGCUCUAUAUCUUAUUUAUAAGUACUAAGCAUUAAAAUAUUAAAUUGAAAUAAUAAAAAUAAUAAUUUUUAUCUCCUCA